UCAGUUACCCUCCAGCUUUUGUGUCGUGAGGAGCUGUCGCCUCCACCUGUGUGUUGCCCAGUGCCCGUGAACAUGGUCAAACAUUACGCCCUCAUCUUGCCAUUCCCCGCUGAACACUGCCGGUGCGAGGUGUAAAUACGAGUACAUCUUUCCCUUGAUGCUGAAGACCGGAUGGCUACUGGAGAAGAAAGUGUACAGCAUAAGAAACAUUGAGAGAUUAGCUUACUGGGGAUAUAUUCUUUGAUUGCAGGUGGUCUCAGACAUCCAUCCGCAGCUCCUCACCGCCGCACCACUGCCUCGCCUCGCCCGUGCCACUGGUUGCCUGCCGCGUCCUCACCCUCGCUAUGAUGUCCUCCCCUGGCGCCUCCCUCAGAGUGCGGACCUUCUUCCUCGCUGUCUUCUUCUACUGCCAGCUCACAGCGUGUGGAGGCGACGGGUUCCAGCGGUUUCUGGUAUCGCCGGAGAGCCAGGUGGCGCGGGAGGGGGACAACGUGGUGCUGCGCUGCAUCAUCGCCAACCAGCGCGGCAAAGUGCAGUGGACCAAGGACGGCUUCGCCCUGGGCUUCCACCGCGAUGUGCCAGGGUAUCCCCGCUACUCCUACACCGGAGAUGCCUCCAGGGGGCAGCACCACCUGGCCAUCAGCAGCUUGUCCCUCUCAGACGCAGGGGAGUACCAGUGCCAGGUGGGGCCGACGCUUUCCAAUCCUCCCAUCUGGGCCGCAGCCAAUCUCACUGUUGUGUUGCCCCCUAGCGGCAUCAGUCUGGUGGGCCAGAGUGACGGCUCGGUAGUAGAGGUGGUUGCUGGUGCUUCCCUCACUCUUCGUUGCCGAGUGCCAGACGCCCGCCCGCCGCCCAGAAUCCUGUGGUACCUGGACGAGAAGCAGUUACCGGCAGACCAGGUGGACUCCCAGGUGGUGCGAUCGGUAAUGCCCCACAGGUGGAGUGUGAGGAGCAGACUGACCCUGCAGCCUCGCACGCAGGACGACGGCGGGAGGGUGAUCUGCCGCGUGCUGCAUCCUGGCCUGGCGGGGGGCGGGUCCCUGGCCACCUCCAUCAUUCUGUCUGUCUUGCACCCACCUGGCCCACCUGCUAUAAGCGGCAUGGGGGAGGGAGACACGCUGCAGGCCGGUGAGCGCCGCAACGUGACGUGCACUUCUCUCGGUGGAAACCCUCGCCCCUCACUCAUCUGGUACCGCGCUGGUCGUCUCCUCGAUGAUUCCUACAAACCAGUGGUGCAAGAGCGCAGUGUCCGUACCAUAAACACCCUUGAGCUUCUGGCGACGGAGGCAGACGACGGGGUGGUGCUGGAGUGCCAGGCUGCCAGCGACCUGCUGCACCUCCCCCUCACCGCCAAUGUCACGCUCUCCGUCUACUAUGGACCGGCGGCUGUGAGAGUGAGCGGGCCGGCUCGGGCCGAGGAGGGCCAGUCAAUAGCGCUGCGGUGCGAAACUUCACCCUCCAGUCCGCCAGCCUCCUUAGCCUGGCGGGUCAACGGUGAAGAAGUGGUGUCCCCCAAUGCCGUGGUGAAGCGGGUGCCUUCGGGGGGCUGGGUGACGUCUUCCCGUCUGGAGUGGCAGGUGGAAGGGCCGUGGCAGGACAAGGCGCCCAGACAGCUGGCGGUGGAGUGUGAAGCCGAGCACCAGUCCCUGCCACACUCACCCCACCACACCCUCCUCAUCACCCUCGUCAAGCCAGCAGGGGCGCCAAUGCUGGGAGGCAAGGUGCUGCAGCCUGUGAUGGCGGGCAGCUCAGCAGAGGUGACCUGUGCCAGCCCUCACAGUCUUCCUCAAACCUCCAUCAGGAUUUACCACGCAGGGAAGAUAGUGCCCACCAGGAAGGAGCACACGCCAGCUGUGACUCAGGCCAGGGGGAGAGUGAGGGUGGACCCGCCUGAUAAUGGAUCCAUGGUUAGGUGUGAGGUGAUCAGCCCAGCCAGCACCAAGCCUAAAGUCACCUCAUCCAGGCUUUCUGUCCUGUUUCCUGCGAGGGAGCUGAUGGGAUCCAUGGAGCCGGAAGUGGCAGCAGAAGGGUCUCGUGUCACACUCACCUGCCUCACCUCCUCCAGCAAUCCUCCAGCCAACCUCACCUGGACAGCCCAAGGCUCCCUGCCUCCUAUGGCCACCACCACUACCUCUCCUGCUGCUUUUGGAGGCACCAGCACCAGGUCAGAAGUGCUGAUGGUGGUUCAGGCUGAGGACCAUGAGAGGCGUCUGACAUGUGAGGCAAACAACGGCCUCGGCUCACCCCUUCAGAAGAGCUUUGUUCUUAAUGUCCUGCAUGCUCCAGUGUGGCGAGAGAAGCUGUCUGAACAGAUCAGUGUCUGGGAAGGCUCAGACGUCUCCAUCACAGCCAGUGCCACAGCUAAUCCGGGUCCUGUCAGGUACUGGUGGCGUCGUGGGGAGGAGACCCUGGUUGGGGCAGGAGGGACUUUGCGUCUUGGGUCAGCCACCAAGAGCAUGGCAGGGAAUUAUUCCAUCAGUGCUUACAGUCAGAGGGGAGCCAUCAAUACCUCUUUCUUUCUGAACAUACAGUAUGGACCAGACAGUGUGAUGGCACCUGAUGAAGUGACAGUGAGUGAAGGGGAUGCUGUUGAGGUGCGGUGCUCAGCCUCAGGCAACCCCUUACCUUCCCUCACCUGGAUGGCAGGGAACCAGAGUGUUGGCUCAGGCGUUGGUGUUGCCCGGCUGGUGCUGCGGUCGGCCCAGAGGGAGGACACCGGGCUCUACACCUGUCAGGCGUCUGGCAACCUCCCAUCACGCUCCCAGUCUGUGCCCACCAAACUCAUCGUUACACAGCCUGUGUCAGUGAGUGAAGACAAUGAUAAGGUAAAGGGCUCCUGGGCAUCUCUGGGAGGGAAGGGCCAGCUGGUGUGCCAGGUGAGGGCAGCACCAGCACCCACCUUCCUCUGGACCACUCAUAAGGGGACGAAGAUCCAGAGCGGUGAGAAGUACCAUGUUCACAAGCCGGUGGAAGUGGAUGGCCUGGUGACGUGGUCCUCUGUACUGGAGGUGCUUGAUGUGUCCCCUCAAGACUACCAGCCCUACCACUGCUCAGCCACCAACCCCCUUGGCUCGGGCUCCACUGUCCUUACACUCAGGCCUCCUUCACGGCCCUUCCCUCCCACAAAUCUCACAGUGAUCAGUGUGAGCAAUGUGUCUGUGGUGUUGGGCUGGAGUCCCAACCUCACUGGCAGUCGUCCUCUGGGCUACACAGUCAAGUAUUACCCCACUGGCACAACUACAUUUCAGUAUGAGGAAGUUCCUAACGGCAGCAGCACUGGGGUGGAAGUGGGAGGCCUGACACCCGAGGUAGAGUACAGCCUCACUGCUCAGGCCAAGAACAACCAGGGCCGCUCAGACUACGUCACACCUCCAAUCAUUGUCACCACCUUAGCAGGAGGAGGGGAAGGUGUGGAGGGGAGGGAGGAGAGGCAUGUCACCAGUUUCUUGUUGCUGGUGAUCAUCAUGUCUGUGUUUGGCCUCUUGGUGCUGAACGUUGCUGCCAUACUUUGCUUCCUCCGUCACCGCAAGAAGAAGAGUUCCUUGAGAGGUGUGCAUUCCACCAAAGCCACUGCAGCCACUCCAUUGGGUAACACUGCCUCCAGUCCUGACCACCACAACCAUCACAACCAAGUCCUCCUCACUCUUAGCAGUCUAUCUAGAAGGAAAAAGAAAAAAUCCAAGGACCACACAAGACAGGGCAGUGGUAAAAGAACCAGCGUGAUACCUCUGCCUUCCCCGUCAUCCCAGAGACACAGGAUGAUACAUUUUGGCAAGUUCACAAAACAUGCUGCAGUUUCUAACAAAAGCAGUUCAUCAUUUAUACACAAUGGCAGAAUACCAAGACCACCUCCUGCUCAACAGCAAAAUAACAAGAGCACUUCACACACUGCCCAGGGCCUGUCACCAGACAGUAGUAAACCUCCUAGACAUAAGAAGCAAGUAACUCGAAAUUCAGGUGCACAAGAGUCACAUUCUCUCCUUGUAGCGCAUAGCCAAGAGAAAAUAGUCUCAUCUAAACAAGAACAACCUCAGAGUGAGCAUGACCAGCUGUCACAAGACCAGCUGUCUCAAUCCUCACAUGAAAGUACACAAACUGCAAUCUUCUGUGAGGACAGCAUCCCAGUAUCACCAAACAGUACUGAACUAGAAGGACAUUUACAAAUCUUAGAGGAACAGACGACUCAGGGAAGCAUAGAUCAGCUUACUGAGGAAAUGAAACAGUUUUUCCAGAACAGAGCAACACACUACUUGCAUUCAGGUGCAGGAUCCAGUAGGAGCCUUGAUUAUAUUGAUUUAGAUCAUUGUCCUGGAAUGGUGACAGAUUCUAAGAGGGUAUCUGAUCAGCAAGAAGGCCAAAGAAACACAGAAACUCUCACCUCAGAUGAGACAUCUACUAGCUCAGAAUGUCAACCAAGUUUAGACCCAGGCCCUUCAUCUCGCAUGCCACAAGAAACAUCAGCAUCUUACUACCAGCAAGAAGAAAUUCAGAUUGUGCCUGCACCACCAAAAGAUAUAACUCAGGUUUAUCCUCCACCAGCAACAACUCCACAUCACUGGCCUCCACCUACCUCACUAACCCACAUCCAGCAACACAGAAUGCACACAGCUUCACCCAGCAGAGGAAGAAUAGGACACAAGCCUCCUGAGCCACCAGCAAAGCCCAAGCAACAAAGAAUAGUGUCACAUUCACCCAUCAUGUCUAGACAGAAGGAUAGAGCUUCUGCAUCACCACCCAGCGUGAGGCAUCGCAGGACACCGUCACAGUCACCAGCCAGAGCCAUUCAUACUUCAAGUCCUGAGAUACCAGUCAGUGUCAGUCAUCACAUAGUUUCCUCUCAGUCACCAUUAAUAUCCAGUCAUCACAUGAGACCACCAGAGUCACCAGUUAGGUCCAGCCACCACUUGGCUUCUUCUGAGUUGCCAGUAAGGUACAGUCGUGUGAGUCGUUCAGAGUCUCCAGAGGUAAUCAGGCGUCAGUAUAGAACAUCAUCUGCAUCACCAGUAAGGAGUGUCUAUCAUGUGAAUCUUUCUGAGGCACUAGCCAAGAAGACAAGGAGGAAUUCUGAGUCACUACACAGGGCAGCCGAUCUUUUGGGAACACCAAAGUCACCAGUAACCAAAGAGACAAGUGAUUCUGUGUCUUCCAAAACACUAGUCAGGUCUAGACAUCUGCUAGAAGAGUCAUCAACAAGAGAUGUACAACACCAGAGGCAGUCUUUAUCACCAGUUAGGUACAGGGAGUAUCACAGGGCACCACCCGAGUCACCAGGUGGUGGGAAGAGGUAUAACUUACCAUCCACUCCCCUAACAAGGUCUUAUCAACAAAAGCAGGCACCCAUUGUACCCAUAAAGAAGCAUUCUGCCCAAACACUGCAAGAAUCACCAUCAAGGCAUCAGCACCAGCAUCCACAAUCACCAGUCCAGCCUCAGAUCAUCCAUCACUCCUCAGCCACCUCACCACUCUUGCAUAGUUCACCUCUGACACACCAAAAUCCAAAACCUAAGCCAGCCUCUCCAAAAUCAAGUGAAGCUGAUCUUUUAUCAGUUGAACUCAACACCGGUACUCAUUCUGUUUCAUUUUCACCUGCACAGUCAAAUGCUCUCCAUCCUCCACUUACCUCUACAAAUUCUGGUCGACACCUUCCACCAACCCCACCGCGAUCCAAGAAACCACGGCCAUUACCUUUCAUUUCGUCUUCCCAAACCACUCUGAUGCAACCCUCAUCUGUACUUCAGAGGAGUCCAGUAACUCGUCAGAUAUCGCCUGAAGAAAUGUCUACAUCAUUUGUAUUGCAGGAGACUCACAAAGGUGAAGAUAAGCAUCAUGUUUCUGCUUCUGCCUCAUCAAAAUCUGUCAGUGGAGCAAUAGAUCAUGAAAGUAGAAUUAAGUUUAGAGAAAUGGUAAAGGGCUUUCCUGGUUCUCCUAGUACAGUUCGUAGGAAAGAUGUCAGACAGGGGACAAUCACAACAGAAAAAAGUGAAAGAGGACAAAGCCCUAAGAAUGCAAGAACCAUUGUCUCUCAGUUUGCUUCUACCAACAGUCCAAUUGCCACCAGUUCACCUCUUACUAACAGGCGCCGCACAAGGUUUCCAGAUGAUUUUCUUUGGCAGAGCACUUCUGGAAAAUUAUGAAAUGCUUGUGUUUGAAUGUGUUAAGUGAAGUUUACUUUUGAACCUUUCCAACCCAGUUUUUAUUGGUAGAACUGGAUAAAUCACUUGAGAAAGACUGAAAAUGUUCAGUAUUAAUUUUGACUCAAAAUAAUUAUACAAUGAUUUUGUCUCAGUAUGGUGGGAGUGAGAGAUCUGAAAAGGGCAGAGUGACUGAGUGCUGUAUUUUGAUUUCCCCUAGCUAUAAACAGCAGUCUGUUGCAAACUACAUUCAGCACACAGUAAUGUGACUGAGGACUGAGUCAACAUGUGACAAUGUGGGUGAUGGAAACAGAUUCAGUCGUGCAUUUGUCUGGUGACAUAUUUGUCUGGUGACAUGGGCAAGGAAGACAGUUUGGUUGUGUGAGGAUUGAUCAUGGCAAUCCACUGUAAGAUGUGUUAAGACAAGUGGAAAGGAAGAAAGUAAGAGAAGCAUUCAGGAGGCCAGAGUGAGAGCAACAGAAAAAAAAACCUCAGUGGAUAAAGAAAACUGGAGGGAGAAGAUACACACAUGAUGUCCAUCCUGGUCAUCUGGGGAGUGGUGAAAGUCCAAAAGAAGGAAGGGAGGUCUUAGCAUUGUGGCAGUCUAAGUCUAGCAAGGGAGCCAACAUUGUAAGCUGAAUCAGUGACCUGGAGUGUGCUGAAAGAUGCUGGUGCAGCCUUGAUUCCAAUGAGAAAUGCUGCCAGCAGUCAACAACAAUGCAGCGUAGGCGCCUGGUCAUGCUGGAUCUCGUGGGGAUGCGUCUUCCUCGACGUGGAUGCACAUCGUAACUCUAAAAGGCUCCCCAUUGACAAAGUGUGUGUAAGACUUGGUGUGCUGCCUGUUGGUGGUGUCUAAGCUGCAUUUUGUAAGUUCUAAGAGCUACUUUUUUUUUUUUUUUUUUUUCCGCCGUGAAUGUAAGUGGUUUCUUCCCGGACGGUCUUCAGAGUAAUUUUUUCGUCUUCAGAGUAACUUUUUUUUCCCCGGAUGGUCUCUCGAGUAUAAAAAAAGUGGUGGUUCUUCCUCGAGUAAAAGGGGUGUUUACCCAGACGGUCGUCGUCGGAGUGACUAUGAGUGACUAUGAGGGGGAAGAAGAGGGUCAAUGUAUAUAUAUAUAUAUAUUAAAUUCGGAUUGAGUUGU